AUGACAGAGCUUUCCAAAUUCGCCGAAGAGAUUAUGGUGGAAAUCUUGUCAAGGCUCCCUCCAAAAUCUCUGAUGAGAUUCAAGUGCGUCCGUAAGUCAUGGCAAUGUUUGAUCAAUAACUCAGACUUCGCAGCCAAUCACCUCUCUGUCUUGAAGCGCUGCAAACACCCUUCCUCGAUUACCCUCGUUUUCAGACGUGUUGUCCCUGAAGAUAUCCACUCUGGCAGGAAGGACGUCUUGCUAUCGCUAUUUGAUCUUUGCCAUGGGGUAGAUGGUGACGAUGAUGAUGAUCAUGAACUCCUUUCUUCUUUCGAGGAUCUUCAGAGUCCGCUAUGGGGUUUUGCAGAUUGUCAUCGUUUCUGUGUAACUAUAGCAACUCAUUGUGAUGGAAUACUAUGUCUAUCUGAUUCUAGAAAUUACAUGGUUUUAUGCAAUCCAGCAAUCAAGGAAUUCAACCUUUUGCCCGUGCCUUCCUCGCAUUCGAAUUCAUUUGGUGACGGCUUUGGUUAUGAUCUCAAAUCCAAAGAUUACAAAGUUGUUCGAAUUUUAUAUAAUGGGCAUGAUGAGUACGAGGAUGGUAUGAACGAGCGUGGUAUGCGUAAGCGUGUUGUUAUUCGUCCUCCCACAUCACAAGUAUAUAGCGUCCUUACAAGGUCUUGGAAAGAAAUCAAAACUGAUGAUUUGAUAUCGGAAUCUACUACAUAUUGGCCACAGUCGCAUCAUUCCAUAUACUGUAAUGGUAUUCUUUAUUGGUGCGGACGUGAACGUCUCGUUGAAGAACAUUACAUUGUUACCGACUUUUCAGAACAUGAAGAUGAUGACAUAAGUGGUUUGAAAGAAUGCAUAAUUUCGUUUGAUAUAGGGAACGAGGCAUUUCAUGUUAUAUUGGCCCCAGAUGAUUGUAACUUAUAUAAUUGUGGGUUUGGACUGUGGAAAGAAUCAUCGAUUGCAUUUUGCACCAACCUUCCUUGGAGUCCUUAUCCAUCAACGAAGGCGAUACGGGAGAUUUGGGUGAUGGAUGACCUUGGUGGUGGUGAGGGUUCCUGGACUAAAUACUUGACCUUUGAGCCGGAAGCAGAUCACAUUUUUUUUGAAAUGGGAUUAUUUUGGUACAAUAAGCAAUUAGUUGCGGCCUUCAAGACCGAGUGGGCAGUAAUCUUUCAAGAAGUUUGUACCAACAAAUUCAAACGUUUUCCUUUGAAUGCCGGGGUUAUGGAUUAUUCUAGAGCUGUAGAAUGUACUAUGAGUAUAGUUUCCAUCAACGGAUCGAGGUACUAG